AUGGUAGACAGCGAUGAGACAAACGUGUCCGGGAAGAAGAUCCAGGUGACGACGUAUCUGAAGAAAUGCGUCCCGACAAAGGACGGCAUCCGCCGAUUCUUCGCCUAUACUCGGCUCCUCUUCUCGCUCGACUACACCAGCACCGACGUGCUCCUCAUCAUCACCGGUGUAUUCUUCUCCAUUGCCGCCGGCAUCCCCUUCCCGCUCCUCGGCAUCGUCUUCGGUGAUUUGAUCAAUGAUCUGAACACGGCCACCUGCUCGGCCAACCCGGCAGCCGGCAGCGAUGUCGCCGAAGGAGUGCGCCAAAAGGUGUUAUACGUCAUCUAUAUCACUAUUGCCAACUUCUGCUUCAUCUAUAUCCAUUGCAGCUGCUGGUGCUAUAUCAGCGAGCGCAUUGCCCGACGGUACCGACGACGAUAUUUUGAGAGUAUCAUAAGACAGGAGACGGGGUAUAUUGAGGGUCUACCAGCAGGAGAUGUCAUCUCGCGUCUGGUCAGUGAUGUCGAGGUCUUGCAGUCCGGCACGUCCGAGAAAGUUGGUAUUGUAAUUAGCACGGUCUCGUACUUUGUUGCCUCCUAUGUGGUCGCCUUUAUCAAGGUUCCUCAAAUUGCCGGCAUGUUGGUUUCCGUCGUGCCGUGCUACUUUGCCAUGACGUACGUCGGUGGCUACUUCAUUAAGAAAUACGCAGGGCGUAUCACGGAGCACGUUAAUGCGGCGACGUCCAUUGCUUCGUCCAGUCUGUCGCAUCUCCCGCUGGUGCACGCGUUCAAUUCAAAUGAGCGCUUGGAGAGGCUCUUUUCUAGUCAUAUUGCUGUGUCGCGAAUGGAUGCCGUCAAGAAAGCGGGAACUCAUGCUGCCCAGCUCGGGUUUCUAUACUUCGUUGCCUACAGCUCCAAUGCCCUCGCUUUCUGGGAGGGAUCUCGGUUGAUUGCCGACUCUGUGGAAACAGGUGGUACCGGGACCUCGGUUGGCGCAGUGUACACUGUUAUCUUCGUCCUAAUUGAUGCCUCGUUUAUCCUCAGCCAGGUUGCUCCAUUCGUGCACAUCUUUGCCUCGGCAGCUGGUGCAUCCGAACGGCUUUUGUCCGUUGUCAACCGUGAAUCCAAAAUCGACGGAACUGCAGAGUGCGGCGAUAACUCUGCUCCCUUCGACUCCGCGGAUAUAACAUUCCGUGAUGUGCAUUUCACAUAUCCCUCUCGACCGGAUAUGCCAGUCUUACGAGGUCUCAACUUCGCCAUCCCGCCUCGAAAGCACACCGCGAUUGUCGGCCCCUCAGGCGGUGGAAAGUUUACCAUUGUGGGUCUCUUGGAGCGUUUCUACGACUCCAUGUUUGGAGGGAUCUGCAUUGGGGAGCAAGAUUUCCGCGACUUGAACGUGCGGUACCUGCGUGGGAACAUCGGCUUCGUGCAGCAGGAACCGUCUCUGCUGGAUCGAUCAAUCCUGGAAAAUAUUGCCUAUGGUCUAGUGACAUCUUCCACCGAACGACACCAGGAAUUGGCUCCGUUUAUUCAGAAUUCGACCCUGACCGAGGCGGCGGAGAAGAUACGUGGAGGCCUUGCUGAGAAGAAAGUCCUGGAAGAAUACGAUCCCAAAGUUGCUGAAAUUGUGGCUUUGGUCCGUCAAGCUGCGACCAGCUCCAACGCCCUCACAUUCAUUGAAGCCCUUCCUCACGGCUUCGCGACUAGUGUCGGAUUUUGUGGAAAUCAGCUGAGCGGUGGUCAAAAGCAACGGAUUGCACUUGCGCGUGCUUUGGUGCGUGAACCUUCGGUUCUUAUUCUCGAUGAGGCAACGGCAGCUCUGGAUUCAGCUAGCGAGAUAUUGAUUCAGGAUGCGUUGGCCAAGGUAGCGGGACAUGUGACCAUGGUUUCCAUCGCCCAUCGCCUAGCCACUGCCAAGGACGCCCAUAAAAUUGUGGUUAUUCAGAAAGGCUGUGUGGUUGAAGAGGGCUCUCACUCUGAACUUGUCGCGAGGGGCGGCUCAUAUGCCGAGAUGGUACGCCUCCAGAAUCUGGGGAAGCUCAGUCCGGCACUGAGUCCUGGUACGGAGGCGAUUCGUGAAGUUCGAAACGUCAUAUUGGAUCAGACAAUCGCCGCUGAUACCAAAAACGCCUCGCUUGACCUGAAAGGAUCGGAUAUUUCAGACGAGUCGCUAACAACCGCAGAUCUUGACCAAGAAUCAAUGGAGAAGUUGUGGAAAAAGCAGGAGAAAAGAGCAAAGAAGGAGAAACGGAAAGCCAAACGUUCGCGUUGGUUUGUUACCAAGUUCACCUUCUCUCUGCUUCGUCCCAACAUGGGCUACGUCUUCCUCGGUAUUGGGAUGGCUGUUCUUAUCGGUGGCUGUUACACCGCAGAGGCGGUGAUCUUCGGCCACACUGUCGGCAGCCUAAGUCCAUGUAACGGAGCAGACGGGAUUCGACAUGGCGGACACCUGUAUGGACUUUUGUUCUUCAUCAUGGCUCUGAUUGAGCUCUCAGCCAACGUGAUCAGCGGUUGUGCAUUCGGCUGGGCCGCUGACAAGAUUCUGUAUCGCAUUCGAGUUUUAUCUUUGCGAUCUCUUCUGGGGCAGACCAUUGAAUGGCAUGGUCUGGAUGACCGGACCCCAGGUACACUCAUCACUUACAUUACUGGUGAUGCGACUGCUCUCGGCAGCAUCACCGGCACCACUAUAGGUUUGCUCCUCGCCACGGCCGUCAACCUGGUAGCUGGACUGGUGGUCUCGUUUACCAUUGCAUGGAAGAUUACCAUUGUGUUGCUCCCAACAAUUCCAGUCUUGCUUCUGGCAGGCAUGAUGAAGCUGCGAACUCAAGCCAACUUUGCAGAGCGGCACCAGAAGGCAUUUGCAAAGGCCACUGCCGUCACCGUCGAGGCCGUCGAUAAUAUCCGAGCCGUGUCGGCAUUCUCAUUAGAGAAACAGUCCUAUGCCGUGUAUGAGCGAGCCCUUCAUGAACCUUAUCGUGAGACUCUUUGGUCUAUUGCACUCGGCAACGUCUUCCUCGCUACGGCGUUCAGCAUCAGCAACCUUGUUUAUGCCCUGGCUUACUGGUGGGGAACUCGGCAGAUCGUGGCUGGUCUCUACAGCCAAACUCAGUUCUUCAUCGUACUUCCUGCUCUUUUGUUUAGUACCCAGUCCUGCGGCCAGAUGUUCGCUCUCGCGCCAGAUAUCUCCAAGGCCGGCGUGGCCGCAACCAACAUUGCCGAACUGCUCACUACCCGCUCGGCCGACGAUGAACUGAACCCCGGCGCCUCGGGCAAAAUCCAAUCCAGUGACGUGUAUCUGCUAGACGAGAAGACUCACGAUCCAGAGGCGGCACAUCAUGAGCGCGGCGUUGAUUACUCGGUUGGGAUAUCUGAAAAGAUGAGCGGCAUUGGCGCCGAGAUGCAGAACAUCCAUUUCGAGUACCCAUCACGGCCAGGACAGCCUGUGCUACGAGGACUGAGCUUGAAAAUUCAACCUGAACGAUUCUACCGCCCAGAAUCAGGCGCAGUGAUUAUCGAUGGAGUCAACGUCACACGGCAGCUAGGCACCGGAUUCCGCGACGACAUCGCUCUCGUCCCACAGGAGAACGUACUAUUUGAGGGCACUGUCGCGUUCAACAUCGGUCUAGGAGCUCGACCAGGUCACGAGCCUUCGCAGGGAGAGAUUGAAGAGGCCUGCCGCAUGGCCAACAUCCACGAAGUGAUCAUGGCACUUCCCGAAGGCUACGAAACGCAGUGCAACCACGACGGCAAGCAGUUCUCCGGCGGCCAGCGACAGCGACUGUCAAUUGCGCGAGCUCUGGUGCGCCAUCCGCGCAUGCUGUUACUGGAUGAGUCCACCAGUGCCCUGGACGUCGAGUCCGAAAAGAAGAUCCAGGAUGCGUUGGCGACCCUGGCCGGUCGGACUACCAUCGUCGCCAUCGCGCACCGGCUCAACACUAUUCAUCGGGCGGAUUGCAUCUAUCUCAUCGAGGAGGGACGAUGUGUGGAGUGUGGUACGCACGAGGAGCUUAUCGAGCGCAGUGAGACGUACAGGACGAGUGUCAUCCACCAGUCGUUAGAGACAUGA